CUCACAUGGGGCCUCGGCUCACUCUGGGCGCUUUCAGGCAUCCGCGGUUUGUCGAAGGGACAGAAGCAAAGUAUCUAGCGUCUGGGAGAGGAUCGAUGGUUUUGACAUGGAGCAGCUGCCGCCCCCUAGAAGCGACUGAAGUGCAAGCUGAUUCCCAAGUCGGAGCCGCUGUAGUAAACACACUUCAGAAACGUGAGGUGCCGGUGGUCACGUGGGGAAUGCGCCCUCCAAUGAGGAGCCGAGGGCGGGGCUGAAGCCGCUGACGCGGCGGUGGCGGCGGAGUCACCCGGGCAGCCUCGGGACGGGUCACCGGCCGGCAGCCGUCCAGCGGCCUCGACCACAUUCUUGCGUGCUCUGUCCUCGCUUCUCUUACCCGGGCCGAGAGGCAGCGUGGCCGACAGUGACUGAAUUCUCUCUCAUCCCUGUCGGUGGCUUGCCUCAGGCGGGGCCGUCUGCUCCGCAGGGGCCGUCUCGGUGGGCGAGGUUUACGUGCAGAGAACCUCUUGGGGCUCCCCGCGCCCGCGCGGGCCGUGGUGGAGUCUCGGGCUUGUGGAACUUGGUCAGCCUCCGGAGAUCCGGGGACCUCGAAGUUAUGCGUCCUCUCCAGUCGGUGGCGGCGGGUGCCGGCUCCUAAAGGGCGUCACACCGGGACUCCGCUGACUGGGCAACCUCCAUUCAUCUUCCAGCUGCGCCGCCAGCGCCCUCUCCCUCUCUGGUCCCCUCCUCGGACUCAUCUUUUCCUUCCCCUCCUCUGCUUUCUCACUCCUUGGGUGCGGCGAUUCUCCUGCGAUCGGAGGUGUCGGUUAUGAGCCGGACCCUCCUACCCUGAAUUUCUCCGCGGAGGAGCUCGGCGGCGCCGCACCGCGCCCCUCUCCCACCCCCGCCCCCAGGAUGGGGGUGAACGCCGUGCACUGGUUCCGAAAGGGGCUCAGGCUUCACGACAACCCCGCCCUGAAGGAGUGCAUCCAGGGCGCCGACACCAUCCGCUGCGUCUACAUCCUCGACCCCUGGUUCGCCGGCUCCUCCAACGUGGGGAUCAACAGGUGGCGAUUUUUGCUUCAAUGUCUUGAAGACCUUGAUGCCAAUCUGCGAAAAUUAAACUCUCGUCUAUUUGUGAUUCGUGGACAACCAGCAGAUGUGUUUCCCCGGCUUUUCAAGGAAUGGAACAUUACUAAACUUUCAAUUGAAUAUGAUUCUGAGCCCUUUGGAAAGGAACGAGAUGCAGCUAUUAAGAAACUGGCUACUGAAGCUGGAGUAGAAGUAAUUGUACGAAUAUCACACACAUUAUAUGAUCUAGACAAGAUCAUAGAACUAAAUGGUGGUCAACCACCUCUUACCUAUAAAAGAUUCCAGACUCUCAUCAGCAAAAUGGAACCACUAGAAAUACCAGUAGAGACAAUUACUUCAGAAGUGAUAGAAAAGUGCACAACUCCUCUGUCUGAUGACCAUGAUGAGAAAUACGGAGUCCCGUCACUGGAAGAACUAGGUUUUGAUACAGAUGGCUUACCCUCUGCAGUGUGGCCAGGUGGAGAAACUGAAGCACUUACACGUUUGGAAAGGCAUUUGGAAAGAAAAGCUUGGGUGGCAAACUUUGAAAGACCUCGAAUGAAUGCAAAUUCCCUGCUCGCUAGCCCUACUGGACUCAGUCCUUAUCUCCGAUUUGGUUGUUUGUCAUGUCGACUCUUUUAUUUCAAACUGACAGAUCUCUACAAAAAGGUGAAGAAGAACAGUUCUCCUCCCCUUUCCCUUUAUGGGCAACUAUUAUGGCGUGAAUUUUUCUAUACAGCAGCAACAAAUAAUCCACGCUUUGACAAAAUGGAAGGAAACCCCAUUUGUGUUCAGAUUCCAUGGGAUAAGAAUCCUGAGGCUUUAGCAAAAUGGGCAGAAGGACGGACGGGCUUUCCAUGGAUUGAUGCCAUCAUGACGCAGCUUCGUCAGGAGGGUUGGAUUCAUCAUUUAGCCAGACAUGCAGUUGCUUGUUUCCUGACACGAGGUGACCUGUGGAUUAGUUGGGAAGAAGGAAUGAAGGUAUUUGAAGAAUUACUGCUUGAUGCAGAUUGGAGCAUAAAUGCUGGAAGUUGGAUGUGGCUGUCUUGUAGUUCCUUUUUCCAACAGUUUUUUCACUGCUAUUGCCCUGUUGGUUUUGGUAGGAGAACAGAUCCCAAUGGAGACUAUAUCAGGCGUUAUUUGCCUGUUCUAAGAGGCUUCCCUGCAAAAUAUAUCUAUGAUCCCUGGAAUGCACCUGAAGGUAUUCAAAAGGUAGCCAAAUGUUUGAUAGGAGUUAAUUAUCCUAAACCAAUGGUGAACCAUGCUGAGGCAAGCCGUUUGAAUAUUGAGAGGAUGAAACAGAUCUAUCAGCAGCUUUCACGAUACAGAGGACUCGGUCUUCUUGCUUCAGUGCCAUCUAAUCCUAAUGGGAAUGGAGGCCUCAUGGGGUAUUCUCCUGGAGAAAAUAUCCCAGGUUGUAGCAGCAAUGCAAGUUGUACUCAAGGGAGUGGUAUUUUACAUUAUGCUCAUGGAGACAGUCAGCAAACUCAUCUAUUAAAGCAAGAAGCUCCACAGGGACUGGUCUUGGCAGUGGGAAACGUCCUAGUCAGGAAGAGGACACGCAGAGUAUUGGUCCUAAAGUCCAGCGACAAAGCACUAAUUAGAAAACAUUCAGAAGGAAUACUGUUGCAGCUGAAAUUGGUGGGGAGUUCAAUACUUUUUCAGUUAAAUUAUUUUAAAAUGUUCCUCAUUGAUGGAAGGCAGUUACAUAUUGAAAUGCAUUAUUUCUAAUAACAUUUCUGUGGUUUUUAACUUUUUAAAUAAAUUUGACAUAGGACAAAUGGUAAUUUGUAUAUAAAGAACUUGGUAAAAGAAUUUGCUUAAUGUAAAUAUAAAUAGUCACAAUUAGUAUAGACCCAUCAAUAUAUUUUUGAUAAUUUUUCAUGUAUGGUAAAAAUUAAAGUGGCUAACUGAUAUUCUGAUACAAAAAAUCAAAGUUUUGAGAGUCAGUGUGGGAAAAUAGGAGGUUUUUAGACUUUCUUAAAAGACUUUGUUAAAAUUUUAAGACAGAAUUUUUCUUGACAUCAUUGUUUGGUCUAACUUUGCACUCUUUGAUAAUAAUGUUUUUAAAAUGUGCAUAAUCAAAAUUAGUAGUUAUAGCCUCUGUUAACAUAGACAAUAUAUGUUUUAAAGCUUCAUGUAUGCCUGUUUUGACCCAAAGUUGUGGAAGUAUCAUGUGUUAAGUUCUUUUUGUUCUCCUUUUCUUUGUUCAAUUACAGCUGAAGUGACUAUGUUAUUAAAGUAUAUGCAUAUAUGGAA